CAUUGAAUUUCUCCUGCUUAUGGGUUCUUUAUUUUCGGUUGAGAUGGGGGAGGGGGGAUAAUCUGAGAGAUCAUUUCUAUCUACAAAGCUAUAAAAGCUAAGAAAAUGAUUUACUGCUUCAGGUUCUCUGACGAGCGGAUAUCUCGGAGAUUUGAAACAAAUUAUUUGGGGUGCGUCCCUGUACCUUCAACUGUGAUAGACAUUGAUAAGAGUUGGAUUUCAAAGCCACGAAUUGGUCCAGAGUAUAGGGACGGUUUGAACAGAUUCUUAGAUUUCGCAUUUGCCAAUACAUCGUCCGAUGGGAUGAUACAUUGUCCAUGUCCGAAGUGUGGGUUCCGCCUUCUCCAAACUAGAGAGGAUGCGUACGAUCAUUUGAUAAUAAAAUCUUUCCCCUCUAGUUAUACAUUUUGGGUACAUCACGGUGAGCGACGUGUGGCAGAGAGCUCUAGUGAAGGACAAGAAGUAGAACCCGAUAGAAACCUCAAAGAGCUAAUGAUUGACAUGGUUCAGGAGGUGUUCAACUUCCCAGGACUUCAUGGCGACGAAGACGAUUUAGUGAAUGAACAUCUUGGCAGGGAUCGAGAGGAGUUGCCAUACCUAUCAAAUGAAAGUAGUCGCGAGGCCCGCAACUUGCAUGACCUGCUCGAAGAUGGAGCGCAGGAGCUAUACCUGGGAUGUUCAAAGUUUUCUAAGCUAUCUUUCUUGGUGAGGCUCUGUCAUAUAAAGUCUAUGUGCGGAGUGAGCAACAAGGCCUUGGAAUGAUACUGGAGUUGCUGGCGGAUGCCUUUGAGCAUGGAAGGAUUCUGAACACUAUGCACGAUGCCAAGAUGAUCAUAAGAAAGCUCGGUAUCGCGUACAAGAUGAUAGAUGCAUGUCUAAAUGACUGCAUGCUAUACUAGGGCAGUGACUAAGGGCUAUCUAAAUGCAAGCGAUGUGGGACAUCGAGAUGCAAGCAAAAGACUAAGAACUCAAGAGUGAGGAUCAACAGGGUUGUUA